AUGCGAGUGCGUACAUUUGGCUCAGACCUGACUGAUGCGUCUCCAUAUUGCUCAUCGAAGCACUAUCCCAAGGCUUCUGCCAAGCGCCACGUUGUUCGUGUGAUAGGGAGGAUAAGUUAUGCUCGAGCGAGUCUGAAAAAUGGUAAACUGACAGCAAAUCUGGGAUCAUGUGCGCUUGGAGGAUCAUCUGCCCUUCACAUCCCAGCCUUUCCUGGUGGAGGUUGUCUUAUCGAUUAUGUACCCCAAGUAUGCCAGCUGCUAACAAACAAGGUACAAUAUGUUAUUCAGGGAUACCAUAAGAGAAGAGAGUAUAUCGCAGCUUUCCUGAGUCACUUUGGAACUGGUGUGGUGGAAUAUGAUGCAGAAGGCUUCACAAAGCUUACUCUGUUGCUGAUGUGGAAAGAUUUUUGCUUCCUUGUUCACACAGUUGAUCUACCCCUCUACUUUCCUCGAGACCAACCAACCCUAACAUUUCAGUCUGUCUACCACUUCACUAACAGUGGCCAGCUGUACUCGCAGGCCCAGAAGAAUUACCCUUACAGCCCCCGCUGGGAUGGCAAUGAAAUGGCCAAGAGAGCAAAUGCCAGAAGACUGAUCAAAAGAAGACUCUUACUGCUAGGCGUCGUACAGGCACACAACGGUGACAAUCUGUGCUCCAAAGAGCUUCCAAUCCAAGUAGACGAGACAGCCCCCAGCAGGAGUAAUCUGCAUGAUAGCAGUCAGUCAAG